UGUCAGUGUUCAUGACACGUCGCCUGCCUAGAGUGUUAAACCCAUCCCCUUCCCCCCGAUCGUCGCAGCCCAGGCACCCCCUCGAUCGCCGACACAUGGACCCCACCGCCCCCAACUCCGGCGGCAACCACGACGCCACCGCCCCGACCAACACCGCCGUGACGCUCCCGCCGGUCACCCUCCGCGACGUGCCCCGCCUCCCCGCCGCGCUCGCCUCCCCGCCUCCGGCUCCGGUCCCCAACCCCAUCUCCAGCCACCCCUACUUCCACCCGCCGUCCACCUUCUACAUCUCCCCGGGGGACGUCUCCCUCCGCCACGCCUUCUUCGACCUCUCCUCCUCCUCCCCGUCCCCUCUCGUCACCUACCGCCGAGCGGGCCCGCGCGACCACCUCGCAGUCGACCCGGCGUGCGCCCGCGCCGCGCUCGUCACCUGCGGCGGGCUCUGCCCUGGGCUCAACACCGUGCUGAGGGAGCUCGUCGUCGGGCUCCAGGGGCUCUACGGCGUCCGCGACGUCUUCGGCGUAGCGGCCGGGUACCGCGGGUUCUACGGCGCCGAUGAGGAUCACGUGAGGCUGGACCCGGCCGUGGUGGAUGACUGGCACAAGAAGGGCGGCACCGUGCUCAAGACAACGCGGGGUGGGUUCGAUCUCGGCAAGAUCGUCGAUGGCAUCGUCGCGCGCGGGUACACGCAGGUAUAUGUAAUCGGCGGGGAUGGAACCAUGAGAGGAGCUGUGGCAAUCUUCAAAGAGUUUAAAAGACGUGGUCUGAACAUAUCCAUAACAGGGAUCCCGAAAACUGUAGACAAUGACAUUGGCAUCAUAGACAGGUCAUUUGGGUUCCAAACUGCAGUGGAGAUCGCUCAGCAAGCAAUCGAUGCAGCACAUGUGGAGGCUAUUAGCGCUGUCAAUGGUGUAGGUCUUGUCAAACUUAUGGGCAGGAGCACAGGCCACAUUGCCCUUCAUGCCACACUGAGCAGCCGUGAUGUCGACUGCUGUUUGAUUCCAGAGGUGGAUUUCUACCUGGAAGGUAAGGGAGGCCUAUUUGAGUUUCUAUAUGAACGGAUAAAGCAGAAGGGGCAUGCUGUCAUUGUGGUUGCUGAAGGAGCUGGUCAGGAUUUGAUCCCCCGGACUGAUGAUCAGAAGCGAGAACAGGAUGAAUCUGGCAACAUUGUGUUUCUUGAUGUCGGACCCUGGCUGAAAUCGGAGCUGGGUAGAUGGUGGAAGAGGGAACACCCCAAUGAACUGUUCACUGUGAAAUAUAUUGAUCCUACAUACAUGAUUCGAGCGGUUCCGGCAAAUGCUACCGAUAAUUUGUACUGCACCUUGUUGGCGCACUCAGCAAUUCACGGUGUCAUGGCUGGGUUUACUGGCUUCGUACCUGGUCCGAUAAAUGGGACCUACAGUUACAUACCGUUGGAAGAUGUUGCUGUGGCGAAGAACCCUGUUGAUGUGAAUGAUCACAAAUGGGCAUGGGUUAGAUCAGUCACAAAUCAACCGGAUUUCCUGAAAUCUCAAGCAUGAGACCUAAAGUUCAGUGGUGUCACCAAAUGGUAAGAUGACAUGAUCUUCUCUUGGCAUGCUGAAGUGGAUUUCUUCUGAUCCAGUUGCUUUUAUACUUAUUUUCUGUUCAAUAAGAUGGUGGGCGGAAGAGGCUGUCCUCUCCAGCUUGUGUGUUUGUGGAACACUUAGAUCGUGUAGGCACGAACUGUGUUAAAAUUGUUGUCUCAGUAAUAAAUUAUGUAUUGGCACGAA